CUAGAUUUGAAUCUGAUUUAAUAAUACGUGCAAGGCUCACUUACAAAUCUACUCAUGUUGUUACCUAUUUAGAGCGGAACCAAAGAAAAAAAAAGAAAAUAAAACGAGGAAACAUUAUUCUUACAUCGUAUUGUCGCGCAUGUUCUUCGAUUGGGAGGUACCCCAUAACCAAGUUAAAGAGAAUAAGGACCGCAGCCUAGUACAUACUUUUCAGUAUCUUCUCGCUAUUUUCCGUCACUCUAACCUGGUGAACGAAGGAAGACUAACGAUUUCCGAAAAAUGUGGGCUGAUACAGUGCUAAUUGUAUUUAUCAGCGUGUGCACUGCACUCCUCGGAGAAGGUCUCACCUGGCUGAUGGUCUACAGGACAGAAAAAUACCAGAAACUGAAGGCAGAAGUAGAAAAACAGAGCAAAAAACUCGAGAAGAGGAAAGAGGCGCAUGGAGACUCGCUAGAUAAACAGCAAAAGAAAAAGAUUGAACGUGAAGAAGAGAGACUGAAGAACAACAAUCGCGAUUUGUCUCUAGUUAAAAUGAAGUCUAUGUUUGCGAUUGGGUUUGCUUUCACCGCACUUUUGAGCAUGUUCAACAGUAUCUUCGACGGUAGAGUUGUUGCAAGGCUCCCUUUCACGCCCAUCAGUUGGAUACAAGGGCUGUCGCACAGAAAUCUACCAGGCGAUGACUACAUGGAAUGCUCUUUCAUAUUCUUGUACAUUUUGUGUACCAUGAGCAUAAGACAGAACAUACAAAAACUUCUCGGCUUCGCCCCGUCAAGGACAGCAAGCAAGCAGAGCGGUAGCAUCUUUGGUCCACCGCCACAGCAAUUCAAAUGAUCCAGCUCGGAGCUGGCAAGAGAGAUGUGUAAAUGAAAUAAAUUGUAUGAAA